AUGUUUUAUUUAAUUUCUUCUUCGUCCUCUCUAUUUCAUUUUUAUUUUUCUAGUUUAAGUUGCAGAUCAGAAAUGCGAAAUUUUAUUUUUAUCAAUAUUUUGAUAUUUAUAAUUGUCCCAAAUAUUUUUAUAAAUUGUCUUGUACUAUAUCAUCGUAUUCCCAAACCACGUUUAAUAUGUCAUGAGGAAGUAUCUGACAAUUCAACACAAAAUAGAAUAUAUCGUAAUAGAAAUUAUAAUAAACCUCAAAUGCCCAUCAUUCCUGAGGAGAAUGAUGAUAGUACAGUUUUACAUGUUGAACAUGUCAGAAUUCGUCGGGAAGAUGAUGAAGGCCCAUUCCUUCAAAUUGAUGAUUACAAUAAAGUCUCAUUAAAUUCCUUUGAAAUUAUUAAUGAUGGACUUAAUAAUACAGAAAAAGAGGAAAUAAAGAAAAAAAUUAUUCAUAUGUGUCAAGCAUUAAGUGUUAACAAUUCUCCAUAA